AUGUCGGAGAGCUCUCAUGGCAAGACAGCUCAUCCGGGCCUCGAUGGCCCGGCAGCCGCCUCUGUCACGGGCCCGCCACCCUCCACCCUCGCCGCGCAGCUUGUCGAGAACAUCUCGACGAGCACCAAGUCGUCGCGGUCCGACGACAGCAAUGAGCUCAAAGGGCUAGUCGCCAUCGCCCAGCGCAUGAUCGACAAUCCUCGCCUCCUGAGGAGCGAUGCUGAAAAGAUGGCCCACAACCACAUGCUGGUCUACAUUUACUGUCGCGGGGUCCUCGAAGAGAUCAAACUUGGCGACCCCUUCAUUGACCGUGCCCAUGUGUGCGGUGAGGUACUGAAUGCCCUCAAGUUCCUCCGCUUCACCAUCAAAGAAACUCCGGCCCUUCUUACGUACGUCAACGAAGGUCAGGGGCUGCUUCACAGGGGAAACGCACCUCUUUGGAUCUGGCUCCUGCCACGCCUCCUGCGGAUCCUCGGGCACGCCGAUUUUGCGGAGCUCGAAACGCAUAUUGAGGCAUUCCUGCAGUAUUUGUUCCUCGUUUGUUGUACAAGCUCGUUCUGGGACUUGGCUUUGCCGCUUAGUCUGUAUUUGCGAGCGUGUUUAACCGGCCUUCUUGACCAUCUUCAAGAUCCACCGACUAAUCCGCCAAGCACGAAGACAACUACUAUGAUCCAGCUCCCGCCGCAGUUCGCCGUCGACCAGAUUAUCGGGAAGUUACCGCCGGAUGCCGCACAUCGAACCACCUACGUCAUCCGCUCGACGCGGCAGGCUAUCCGCCAGGCGACAGGCCUCGCACGAGUUCUGGCAUAUCCAUUCGUGUCCCAAGAGUCUUCUUUUUUGUUCAACGCAUCCUUUGCUCAGAAUGGGCCGUGGCUCAUGGACACGUGGUUGGACCUCCGCCACGUCCAGAAAAGAUGGGAAGAGAGCAUGCCCGAGUCCCCAGUCCCUCUCAUCGAAACGGCACUGGACGUUGCAAAGUGCCCGAUUGUCGACACGGAGCUUGUGGCACCCAUGAAGAACAAAUCAUAUGCGCUAUUGGUGCUUUUGUGCAGCGAACUCAUCUCGUCGCCCGAGGAGCUGGUGCGCAUAGGCUCAGAGGGGGAUCGAGUUCGAGUGAUUUAUUGCAAGGCACUCAUCGCCAUCGCCGCGGCUGCGAUACAAAUAUAUGCGGUCGGAAGGUUGGCAGCCUCCAAGCUUGUUCAAGAGCUGGCGCUGCUCUCUUCCCAACACUCGGCGAUUGGCGAAGGCACAGACCUUUGGAGAUGCACCAGGCUGCUCCGCCAAGCUAUCUACUCCAACGCGGAGGAUCCUCUUGAUGAUGCUACACGACCGUCAUGUUUCCAAAACCAGGAAGUCCGCGAAUGUGUUCAAGGACUGAAUCUCAUCCAUGAAGGGUCGUCUCUGCCGGCAGAGGGCUCAAAGAGAAGAAAAAUAUCUGAUAUGGGCCAAGACGCCAUGCAACUGCUCAUAGAAGGCAUACGGGAGACACUGCGCAUCGAAUUUGCGAUCGGGGACGACGGAAGCGAGUUUGAAGAGCAUUUUCUACGGGCUUUUGAGACCUGCGACGAGCCGAAGUCUCAGUCCCUCGCCUUAGACUUGCUUUCCCGAUUGUGCUGCAUCGCGGAUGGUACCAUACAAACCCCGAAACCAACCACAUCACCUGGUGGCGUGGCAUGCUCCAUCUGUGACGAUCGCAAGCCCGUUGGUGCCGCCAGCUUGACGGCUCAGGUGUGGAAAAGCCGGGUUCUCACAAUCUUGAGCGGCGUCAUCCAGCUACCGAGUUUACAAGAAACUCGGGCUCCCCGUGUCGCCGCCAUGAUCUCGUUGAGGCGGCUUUUACAGCAUAGCAAUGAGCUCCUGGAUCUCGAACAGUCGGCGCUCGGGAAGUGGUGUCUGCAAUCCCUGAACAGUUCCAUACGAGAGCUCAGAGUCGCUGCCGGGAGGACACUGGCUAUGUUCACGUUGAAUACCGCAUGCAAGCCAAUGGAAACGGAUAUACUUACCCGAAACCGCGUAUAUGCCAUUGCUGCUCUCAGGACCAUGUCCGAGGACGAUCAACCCAAAAUGGUCGAGACUCGUGUCAUGGCGUGGGGCCAGCUAGGUAGGGCCGCCACCGAGGACGAGCUGACCCUCGUCUUGAUCAAGCUGGUGGAGUACUUGGGUAGCAGCAACAUCAUCGUCUCGGCUUUUGCGUUCAACGAGAUCCUCGGCCUUGCUGAAUUCCGCGCGGCUACACCACGCCGCCUGUUCGAGCCAAACUGGAAGAGUCUUGCAUAUAUGGUCACCAAAGAUAUGGUACAGCGACCCCAACGAAGCCGAGCCAUCGCAGAGCUACUUCAAAUCUCGGUCAACGAGCUUCUAUUGCUCAUUCAGACGCAUGCCCUACCUUGGCUGGUUCUUGACAAACGACAAGACGUCAUCCAGAAAAUUGCCGAGGCUCGGAGAGAGAACGAACCAUGGCAACCCCUGCUGGACGGCACGAACCUCGCCGCAACGUUGGCACUCCUACUCGUGCACGACCCGGACAACAUGCAGGAGUUUACCAAGUCUCGACUCAACGAAAUCUCGCCGCACUUCCAUUCGUUGACGCUGCUAGAUCUUUUCCAGUCAGAGCCAGUCCUGAUUGCCAUGGAACUCCUAAAGUCCGCAGCUUGUUCAGAUCUUGCGCGACGGAAAGCGGCUCACAAAGCUUUGCACCUCAUGGCCACUACCAUCCUCGGUAACACCAGGGAAACGAAGAGCAAAAAGGACAAUACGGUUGGACGAUUUCUGCAGAGCCACAUGCUAGGUCUUGUCGCGCGGCUAGCGGACGUUAUAAACGACUCCGUAACCGCUCAUCCUCUCAUGUUGGAGCAGCGAAACUGCAUUCAGACAAUGGAGGAGAUGAUUAAAGUCUGCAAAUCCUACGCAAGGAUAGCGAGGCCGCAGAUGUCCGCGUGCCUCGUCUCCGCCAUCUCUCAGGAGGCCCUGCGUGCAGCGAGUUUCUCUUGCUGGGUGGCGCUGCUCACCCACCUAGACGAAGAAGAUGUCCAGGCGCUUAUUGAAACGACCUUUUUCAUCGUCAAACACUACUGGCCCACCUUUGACGAGCCAACUGCCAAAGCUGCGCGGGACAUGCUCACUCACUUGCUACAAAAACACCAGAGCGUUGUCGAGGAAUACAUUUGCAAGCUGCCCUCACUGUCGCAUAUCGAUGAGCUAGCCAGCAUCGACACUAAACUGAUGUCGUUGCGGCCUGUCAUGGCGAUGGACCAGACCCUGGGCGUGUUCACCGAGCGGCUUGCCCACGAUAACUCCGGCGUCGUACACCAAGCAUUGACGGAGCUGGUACCAUUCCUGCGAGACAACCAAAGCGGCCUUUGCACCUCUGCUGUGAGUCAAAUGCCCGACAAGGCAAUUACCAGCAUCCUCAGGGCCCUGCUGGACUGCGUCUCCAAAUACAACGGUGUCCAGGUGGACAUUUCCCGACUGUGCGUCGAGUCGAUCGGUCUCAUCGGCUGUCUAGACUCGAAUCAGAUCGAGACCGUAAGAGAGAAGCGCUCGAUCGUCGUCUUGCACAAUUUCGAGGACCCUGGGGAGACGACAGACUUUGUCUUGUUUCUCCUCCAGGAGGUUCUCGUUCCUUCCUUUUUGUCGGCCACAGACACAAAACUUCAAGGGUUCCUCUCCUACGCGAUGCAAGAGUUGCUGGACCGGAGUGACGUCAAGACUUCCGUUGCCCAGCAGAACAUCGGCAGAGUAGAUGGGGAAAGCAUCUACAGGAAAUGGGUGGCCCUGCCCGAGAACACCAGGGAGGUUCUGACGCCGUUCAUGAGCUCACGUUACAUGGUCGCGCCCAUGCCGCCGGUAACAGUGGAGUACCCAAUCUUUCACGCAGGCAAGCCAUACGUCAACUGGCUCAGAUCUUUUGUCGUGGAUUUGCUACGCAAGGGGCAGAAUGGCUAUGCCGAACUUAUGUUCGAGCCGCUGACCCGCGUCAUUCGCGUCAAGGACCUGUCCACUGCAGAAUUUUUGCUUCCCUAUCUGGUGUUGCAUGUGUUGAUUGGGACCCAAAGCACGCCUGUGGAGAGGGAGCAAGUUGUUGGUGAGCUCUUGGGCAUUCUCGAGCACCGACCGGCGGAAGAUGCGUCCUACAUGGAGAAGGAGGAGACAAAGCGGAUCCUCGACUACGCGAUGAGAUGGGUCCAGGAGAAGAGGUCAUCUGGCAAGCUAUCCUCCGCGGGUCGAGAAAUAGUUUCCCGAGUUCAGAAGAUCUUGGAUGGCAUUCCUGCGGAGCUGAUCUCCCAGAGAGCGACAGACUGCAACGAAUAUGCCAGAGCAUUGUUUCAUCUGGAACAGCACGCCCAAAAUGCAGAGCAGCGGAAGGGUGCGCCCGGCGCUCAUAAUCGCUUACUCGAUCGUCUUCAGGACAUCUACGCGAACAUUGACGAACCUGAUGGCCUUGAAGGAAUUUCGGCUCAUCUUCACGACCUCGACAUCAAUCAGCAGAUUCUCAGUCACAAGAAGGCUGGCCGGUGGGACGCGGCACAAACGUGGUACGAGAUGCAAUUGGCAGAGAAGCCAGACAAUGUGGACGUUCAGCUAGACCUUCUCAACUGUCUCAAGCAAGCUGGACAACACGAUGUACUAUUAAACCACGUCGAGGGCAUGAACACCUCGAGCGACAACAGAGUCAUGCCAUAUGCCGUGGAAGCCGCAUGGGUGACAGGCCGGUGGGAAAGUCUUGCCAAGUUCACAAGCAGAUUCCAGGGCAAUAUUGUUCAAGACUUCAACAUCUCCAUCGCGACGCUGUUUGAAUCGCUGCGCAAGCAUUGCACGCGCGAGUCGUUUGACAGGACUGUUCGGAGCUUGAGAGACAAGAUCGCCUUGGAAAUGACGACAUCAGCGACGGCAUCACUGCAAGCCGCGCACGAGCUUCUGCUAAGAUGCCACGUACUGACUGAUCUGGAGAUCAUCGUUGGGGCCAUUUCGGGCGAGGAAACCGAGCGGCGGAAAACGAUGGGUCUCUUGGAUGGCCGUCUCGAAGUAAUAGGCGCGUACUUUAGCGACAAGCAAUACCUCCUGGGUAUCAGGAGAGCUGCGAUGGAGCUGACGCGUCCAAACUUUGGCCCCAUGGACAUCUCGUCCUUGUGGCUAGCCAGCGCCAGGCUCGCUCGGAAGACCAACUCGCUGCAUCAAUCUUUCAACGCGGUUGUGCACGCCUCACAACUCGGCGACGACGCAGCUACCAUUGAGAAUGCCAAGCUGUUGUGGCGAGACAAGCACCAUCGGAAAGCGAUUCAGAUGCUUCAGGGCGCAAUCGAACGCAACAAGCUCAUGACGCAAACCGGUGUUUCGGCAAGCGUCAGCGCCGCGGGCACAGGAAAACUGACUCCGCAGCAAAAGAUGGUGACUGCCCGGGCUCAGCUGCUGCUCGCCAAGUGGCUUGACGCCGCUGGACAGUCGUAUGCCGGCGCUCUACGAGAAAAGUACCAGCAGCCGCCGAAGACGCACACCACGUGGGAGAAGGGCCACUACUACCUUGGCCGCCACUACAAAAAGGUUCUCGAGGCCGAGCAGUCUCUCAAGGCCGACGAGCAGACCGACAACUAUCUGUCAGGUGAGAUAGCAAGGCUUGUCAUCGAGAACUACCUCAGGUCCCUCAACUCGGGCACGAAAUAUCUCUACCAGACGCUGCCGAGAAUCCUCACUCUGUGGCUGGAUCUCGGCGCUCAAACAGACAAGCCACCGGAAGGCAAGACGUCGCUCUCUCGAGAACUGCACAGGAGACGCGUCGAGCAGCUGAAUCUUCUGCACGCAUUCCUGGACAAGUACAUCCACCGGUUGCCUGCGUACAUCUUUUACACGGCGCUGCCGCAGCUGGUGGCCCGCAUUGCCCACCCAAACCCAAGCGUCUUUGACCGGCUCACACACAUCAUUGUCAAGGUCGUGGAAGCCCACCCACGACAGGCACUUUGGAGCCUGAUGGGCAUAAUCACAACGCGACAGGCGUCGGAGCGGAGAGCUCGCGGUGCGCAGAUUCUGCAGACGCUCCGAACCAUAUCGAGAAAAGUGGAAGGGGGCUCUUACGAUCUGAAGCAGUUGAUCAGAGCCGGGGAGAAGCUGGCAGAGCAGCUGCUCCUCACGUGCCAGAUCGGCGAAUUCCAAGGCAGCAAGGCCGUCCACGCGAGCCUCACGCGCGAUCUUCGGUUCCAACACAAGUGCACUCCAUGCCCCCUUGUCGUGCCGGUCGAGAGCUGCCUCACGGCGACCCUCCCCGCCGUCUCGGAGCAGGUCAAGAAGCACAAGGCGUUCUCGCGUGACGUCGUGACUAUCGACUGCUUCCUCGACGACGUUCUGGUGCUGAGCUCCAUGCAGCGUCCCAAGCGCAUAACGGCUCGUGGCACGGACGGCAAGAACUACAUGCUCUUGCUCAAGCCAAAGGACGACCUGCGGACGGACCAGCGCCUGAUGGAAUUCAACGGCAUCAUCAAUAGGUCACUGAAGCGAGACGCCGAGUCCAGCCGGCGGCAACUGUACAUUCGCACGUACGCCGUGGUGCCGCUGAACGAGGAGUGCGGCAUCAUCGAGUGGGUUCCGGGCAUCAAGACGAUGCGCGACAUCCUCCUGAACCUGUACGCGGCGCAAAAGAUUCACAUCGACUACAACGCGGUCAAGCACCUGAUGCAAGAGGCGGCGAGCUCGGAGAGCAAGAUCCGGCUCUUCACGGACGACGUGCUCGGGCGGUUCCCGCCGGUGCUGCCGACGUGGUUCAUCCAGCAAUUCCCGAACCCCUCGGCGUGGUUCGCGGCGCGGCUCAAGUACACGCGGUCGUGCGCCGUCAUGUCCAUGGUGGGCACGAUACUGGGGCUGGGCGACCGACACACGGAGAACGUCAACCUGGAGGAGGGCAAUGGCGGCGUAUUCCACGUCGACUUCAACUGCCUCUUCGACAAGGGCCGAACGUUUGCGACACCGGAGCGGGUUCCGUUCAGGCUCACGCACAACAUGGUGGCAGCGAUGGGCAUCUACGGCUACGAGGGGCCGUUUAGGAAGUCAUCGGAACUGACGCUGAGCAUCCUCCGGCAACAGGAGGAGACGCUGAUGACGAUCCUCGAGGCUUUCAUCUACGACCCCACGCUGGACCUGCAGCGAGAGAAGCGGGCGUCGAAGCGAAGCGACACGGGGGUGCGGCUCCAGCCACAGAGCGUGGUGGACAGCAUCCGCAGAAAGGUGCGAGGGCUACUGCCCAACGAGAGCAUCCCGCUCAGCGUCGAGGGACAGGUGGACGAGUUGAUCAAGCAGGCGGUGGACCCGCGCAACCUGACGGCCAUGUAUCUCGGGUGGUGCCCGUUUUUGUAA